CAAAUGUUGAGGACUGUCCGUACACAUUGUAAAAAUAAGUGAAAUCUUUAAUUUUAAAGCAAUGUCUAUUUAACUAAAAAUGUUUCAAAGGUUGUGAUUUAGAGUGUUCUGUUUCUUUACAGAUGCAGUAUUCCUUCAUAUAUCAAGCCUUACUUGAAUACUACCUCUAUGGUGACACAGAACUGGAUGUAUCGUCCUUAGAAAAACAUCUGCAGCCAUCAAAUAGCACUGCACCAAAUUUUGUUAAGAUAGGAUUGGAAGAAGAGUUUAAAAAAUUAACAAAUGUUCGAAUAAUGAAAGAAAACAUGAGAACUGGUAAUCUGCCAGCAAAUAUGAAGAAAGCCAGAGUUAUCCAAAUAAUCCCUUAUGAUUUUAACAGAGUGAUUCUUUCAAUGAAACGAGGUCAGGAGUACACAGAUUAUAUCAAUGCUUCCUUUAUAGAUGUAUGA